UUGAUAUUGACUUUCACAUGCCAAUGGCUCGUUCUUGCCUUGUUCAAGGUUGCCCGCAACCGCCCCACUAUGAUGACCAGCUCAUGUGGCGUAACCUAAAGCUAGCACAGGGCAGCAUCUCGCUGGGUUGCAAUUGCCUUCGCCUUCGCAUGAUAUUUGAAGAGAGAGGAAUAUGCUGAGUGCGUUGAAUCUGGCAAUUGGUUGUACUUUGCUGCAAUGGUAGGUACGAAGAGACAUCGCGAAAGGAUGCAACCGCAGCGCUCAGGUUACGGUGGUAUUGGCGGUGGUAUUGGCGGUGGUUCUCAUGGAAAAAGGCAAUGCCAUGCACCAGCAGCAAACGCAACGCUCCUGCCCCAGCACAUGCAAAACAGUACAGCGUAACCGCACUCGCACUUGCCAGUCAAUCCCAAUCAACAAGCCCCGCCCAGGUGUGGCGUAAAAUGCUUUGGUUGUGACGAUGCCCUGGUCCGCCCGCUGCGCUGCGCUGCGCUGCCGCUGCUGCUGUCCAAGGGAAGUUCACUCAAUAAAAGCUCCCACUCCCACAUCACACCCCCUUCUCCUGCCAAACACACCUGCGUCUACAUCUACACCUUCUGUCCACAAAAACACCAUCAUACCCCCCAUUACAAUCCCAAGACAUCUGCCCUCAUCAACCCGAGACCCCCAUCUUCUUCAGACAGCCACCAACAACAACAACACCCAACUGUAAGUGCUUAUCUCAGCCCUCCCACUCGAUCCGUACCGAUGCAGGUACUCGCAUCCGGAUCUCAGUUCCUAGCAAGGGAUAAAAAGAUUGACAGAAGACGAUCAUAGUUUCUAUAUGCCGCACUCUGAGUCUAAGCAGUCCACCACUCUCAACAAAAUGUCCCCUCAAGUCAACGGCAACGCUGCUCCAUCAUCGGCCUUCCUCUCCGUAAGUACCAAACUAUCCAUACCCCGCCGUCACACGCAAGCAUCAUCCACAAACCGAGCAUCCCACUGACAAGACCCCCACAGCACCUCUACUCCUACCCAGUCGUCAGUGAUAGCAUUACCACCUUCAAGAAGAACCCAUACGGUGCCAAAUCCAUCGACCUCACAUCCCAAGGUUACGAGAAGCUCGGCAAGCCCAUCAUCAAUAUCCUCGCUGGUCCUUACGAAUAUGUCUCUCCAUAUGUCAAGAAGGCUGAUAGCAUCGGUGACCACACUCUCUCCACCAUCGAUGAGAAGUUCCCUGUGGUAAAGAAGCCCACUGGCGAGUUGUACGAGAAUGCACAAUUCCUCGUUUUCUUUCCUUUGAAGAAGGGUAGCGAGGGCAAGGAUUACGUUGUGAGCACAUACAAAGGGGAGGUAAAGAAGGUUGGUGGUGACGGAUUGGUUGCAUAUGGAACGGCAGCUUUGGGAACUAGCAUCAUCAUCACCCGCGAAACCAUCAACUGGCUCUCUCAAUUUCUGAGCCAGAAGAAGACGCAAGCAAAGGAGGUUGCUCAAGAGAAGUCUGGUUAAAUUUGACCAAUUUGCCAGAGGGAGGAUGAUAGCCAGGGAUGGAUGAAUGAGAAGGUGAAGAACGGAAAGAAUUAUGAACGAUACCCCCACACACCUCAACAGAUUCUUCUUUAAUUGGGCUCGGUCAUGAUGGUGGUCAGGGAAAUGGCAAUGCAAUGGAUCAUGGAUCAUGACUGGGAUUAGGGAAGGAAAGGCGAUCUUUUUAGAAGGGGGAAAAACGAUAUUUUGCGCGUCUUGCUUUUGUGUCACACGAGGACUUUUUCUUAUUUUAUUGUCUCUUAAUAACGUAUCAUACAGAGAACACUUGCCUCUUCUUUCUUAUCUUCGCCUGUCACAUUACAUUGGUCUUCCUUUCUUGCUUUUCAGGGCAAAUUCGCCUCGCGUGAUUUUGUAUCCUUGAUGUAUGAGUAUUCUUAUGAGAAUGUAUUACAAGUAGUUUUUUGUGAAAUGGCAAGAUUGUGGUUUGUGUUUGAGAUUCUAUUUAUAAAUUUAUAUAUAUUUCAGUAGAUUGUUAUACUUCAAACCCCACAUAUCUCCAUAAGCAGUUGCAUGGCGGACAGCGGCGUUGUAGUACUGUACCUUGGUGAUGUUGGCCUUUUACAUAAUUUCUUGCAGACCUAUUAUAGUACAAUACACAGUUCCCAUUGACAGUACACAACCUUUGACAGAGUACAUAGAGGUGGAUAGGUAGGUAGGUAGGUAGGUAGGUAGGUAGGUAGGUAGGUAGGUACGAGUUUGUAUAUCCCAUUUAGAUAUCUAGCUAGAUAACGAGAUAUAUACUGGUAACUGGUUGUGUGCCUACUUAUCUUGAUGUAUACUUGUUGUAUACUCGUUGUAUACUUGUAUAUAUAAUACUUUCAAGUUUUUGUAUACACUUAUAUAUAUAGACCUAUAUCUAUAUAUAUACGUACCUACUCUACACCCCUCCCCCUCACUCCUCUCCCCUGUCUUUCUACGGGAUGUUCUACUGUACCUACCUUUCUUUAAAUUUCUUAUAGAUAAAGUCGAUAUUGACUUCCUACCAACUCCCUCUCCAAUCCCCAUCUACUUCCUCUCCUCUCCUUCCCUCUCCUCUCUAUCCUAUUCUCCCACUAUUCUUUCCCUACCCCUGUGCUCGUGCUUGAGGUACCUCCUCGCUUAUACACAACUUAGACGAGAGGGUAGGGUUAUUCACCCCUGAGAUAGAGAGGUUGAUUCACUCCCUUGUCUCUACUUGUUUUUGUAGUACGGAAUCUCGAUUGGAGGUAGGGAUGUAGGGAGGUAUGGAGUUACGGGGGUAGUGAUUUCUUUCUUUUCCUUUUAUAGGGAAUGUUUGUGCCACAUGUUGAGUACGUGUUAAGGGCGUGUUAUGAGGUAGAUGAUAGAGAUAUAUGUAUAUACAUUCACCACUUUGCUCCUUCGUUAAAUUUCAUUGAAGUGUACUGAAGUUCGUUUCUGCUUAUCUGAUCCUCAUAGUCUUAAGAUUCUUGAUUUACUUAGUUUCGUACACAUUACCCAAGUACCUCCUGUAAUUCACCAGGCAAGAUCACAAUAAAGAAAUCUGUCGCCAUUACACGACGUACGAUAGCAAACUAUACACAGUGUGUACCUAGGUAUAUAUAAUAUCCUUGACAACAAACUGGAAUUUGAAUUCAAUAUUUAUUUAUUUAUAUAUCUAUAUUCCUCUCAUCUCCUCUCAUCUAUCCCCCCUUUCCCCCCCCUCCCCUCUCUUCACAUACGAAAUCUACUCCCCCUCCCUCCCAGUCCAGAAUUAUCUAUACCUAUACCUAUACUUAUACACUCCCACUCAGACUAAAACUCAAGCUCAAACUCAAAGUCCCUCAAACUCCAUACCCAUGCAAAACACUUUACUCUCCUAAAAGGACACCACCAAAAAGAGAGAAAAAAAGAGGACUCGCUAUGCUAUGCAAAUGCCACGCUCACUAUCACAAAAACAACAAAGAAGUAAAAAGCGCACAGACUGAUAGACCGAUUCCAUCCUUCCAUCUCGGUCAGGAGUGGAUAUACAAAGUAGAAAGACAGGUAAUAGAGGAUAGAGUCCAUGAAGCAAGGGGGAAAAAAGAAGAGCGCCAGAAAUAAAUGCUUUUAAAGCCACUUUUACUUUGCUUCUCAGCAACACCGGAAAAGGAACUAUCUAAAACUCCAUCUUUCCAACUGACGAGUAAGUAUGAUUUGAAUCCAUUUAGGAUACCCGUACUCCAGAAUGUACUUCUAUCUUUCGACCCAGAUAGAGACGCUGGAACGGACGCUAGAACAACAAGGGAAGGUCAGACUGAGUGGUUGGCGAGGUGGUACAGUAAUACCAGACAGUGAUGAAAUCAAAUGGGUAUCCGGGUAUCACUGCAUAACACUCUGUCUCCACCUCUCCACCAUAUCAAUCUGUCCCUGAUUAAGCGGUUCCUGCAUAGCAUUCAUCCCCAUCAUAGGAUUAGGCUGCAUGUUCCCCAUCCCACCCAUGAAAUUCAUAUUCAUGUUCAUGCCAUUCAUCUCCAUAGCGGCAUAUGGAUUCGCAAAAGGCAUCAUGCCCUGCUGUCCAUAUGGAUUAUAUCCUAGACUCGGUUGAGCGAAAGGAGGCGGUGCGUUGGGGUAGCCGUUAUAUAUAUUUGGAUACUGCGGCUGUUGUGGCUGAGGAGGUGGUUGAGCAGCACCAGCUUGUCCAUCGUUGAACAUUCCGUUCUUGAAACCACCUGAUGGAGCGCGAGAAUUGAGAUUGAGCAUUGUACUUGAACGCCCGCUUGUAUGCAUAUCAUGAAGUCCAAGGAGACCAACUGAUGGUUUUUUGGAAUGUAGUUGUGUGUUGCCACCAGCUUGAGGAUGAGCUUGUAGGAUAUCGGCCAUGCUGUGUCGUUUGUUGACUUUAGGGCUUCCAUUGGCUAGAGCUUCGGCUUGGAGACGCUUGCGUCGCUGUCCAAGAGUUUCGUCCUCUGGAUUUGGAGCGGGUGAUUUUUCCUUUUCUUUGCCUUUGGCCUUUGCAUCGAUCGGAUUACCGCCAAAUUGGCUCAUCAUCUCUGACGCAAAGUCACCACUGAUUGUCCGAGGGGCUGGAAGAGCGCCUUCUUUGACUUCCUUCUUUUCCUUGAGACGACGCAUUCUUUGCGCAAUCGUCUCACCCUCUUCCUCUGAUACGUCUUCUCCCUCGGGCGGCAGUAUUAUUGGGGCUCGAGCAGGAGCAGGUCGUACACCAUGUAUUCGAUCCCUUCUUCGACUCAAAGGUUCAUUGUCCUCCAUCUCUCGACGUUCCAACAAACCAAUUGGACGAUUCAAUUCCUGAGCUCUCUUUGAAUAAAGCACAGCCAAAGGUACAUCAUCAUCGUCACUAUCAGCCCCCUCUUCUGGUCGUCUGCUAGCUGGGUCUUCCCAUGCCAAAUUUACCCUUUUCCUCUGUCUUGACUUCUGCUCUACCUCCUUUACAGCGUCAAUCUGGAGAAGAGUUGAGUGCAUCCCACUGGUGUAAGCAUCCUCUGGUAAUUGAGUUCUGAGUUUUUGUUGCUGUUUUCGUAAUUGAAGUUCCGCAAGAAGAGUGGUUGGUGGUCCAAAAUAAACGUCAUCCUCGUCUUCAUCACUUGACUCGUCGUCUUCCCCUUCCUGUUCCUCCCCAUCAACUUCAUCACCACUGGCACGUAUAAUCUCGUCACCAUGUUGAGUACCACUCAAUGGCCUAGUUCCAUUACUCUUCGUGUCGUCGUCGCCCAAAUCAGUUUUGAACAUAUCAAGACCGGAGAACGUUGAAGAACGCUUCUGUUCUUGAUCUGUCAAGAAUGUUGCACCGCUCAUUCGCUUGCCGCGCAACAAAUUAAAAGAGCUGGUUCUUCUCUUGUGCGUGGAGUCAAGCAGCAUAUGAGAACUGCUAACACUGCUUCGCUUCUUCUGCUCUCCAUCCAACAAUUGAGCACCAUUAAUACUAUUUCUAUUCUUGUGUUUUCCGUAAACCUCAGAGCCAAGAUGUCCGGCAAAAGAAUGGUCUGUGAAAGCACUCACGGGCGCGUAUGCAGACGCGUCAAGAAUGCUGUCCAGCGUAGCAACUGCUGAC